AUGCACAGGAGGUGGGCUGAUACUGCUGGACGGCGAAGCAUACCUCCUGACGAUUUGAAGCUGGCUUCUAGUGUCGAUUGUUCUAUGUUCGAUGUCGUGGUCGGCACGCCACCUCAAAGAAUCCACAACGCCGGAGCUCCAAGGGCCAAGAGAGUAUUGAGCCAUGAGAACAAGUUCCAAAGCUAUGACUGGGCAUUAUGCUCGCUUGACCCUGAACGCAUCGCUGUGGCUAAUGGUUAUGCAACCCCUGGUGGGAAGAGAAUAUACCCUGACAAAAUUGCUGCCAACAGCAGCUUAGUCACAAAUGUCUAUGUGAUCACCGCAUCAAGAGAGCUCGACGCAGGGCCUGGAGACUGCGGAUCAUGGGUUUUGAAUGCCGAAAAUGGAGACUUCUGUGGCCACAUUGUUGCUGGUGUUGCUUCAAGUACAAGGGUCUACUUCAUUACAGCUGAGGAUAUCUUGGCAGACAUCUCAGAAUACCUUCAAAAGAAAGUCACUUUACCUCCGCCCACUAAUUUCGGCGAACCUGUAACAGCGCCUCCACCCCAAGAGCGUGUUGAGAGCCGUUUGGCUCAAGUGUCGUCUCACGUGCGAAAUGUCUAUGUGAAAUCUGUCAGGCUGUUCAAGAUGAUGUGCCUUGCAGUGUUUGGUGGCCUCUGCAUUUUGCUUUCAGUCGGGCAUUUCAUUAUAGCCACUGCACCAAGGAGAAAACAAGCAAGCAUGGAAGAAUCUGGGGAUUUAAUGGACUGCUCAACGUACAAACUUGACUGCUCUAAGAUCACACCUCAGUGUCGCAACACGGCGGAAUUUGACUUUCAUCACCUGUGGAAUAUCACGACGAGUUACUGGCAGCAAUGUCCGGAUGGACCCUGGCUCUUUGAGCCCAAGUCACCUUCUUUGCGCACUGUCCAGGGUCAAGGGUUGAGUAAGAGUGCGUGCGAAGCUGUAGCCGGCGUUGGCUGGACCAAAUAUCCUAUUAAUGACCUAGGAAGUCACUUAGCGAUUUGGAAACUUCCUCUUCUACAGCUUAUUGCUUUAUGUCCUCAGCCACCCUUCAGUACGUUGUGCAAAGUCUUUUCGACUGCACACCUGCUCGGUGAUCCGAUUGGAACCCUCAGCUCCUUAAUUCACAAACUUGAAAACUGCCAGCAACAAGCAGUACAUUGGCAGCAGAUGAGCAAUGACUACCUCUGGCGUCAUCAAGAAAGACAAUAUAGAAGUUCAUAUAUUGACGACUUCUGGAAAUCCUGCGCACUCAUUGUAAACUCUUACGAUGAAUGGGGGGCGGAUACAAGCGACAAUGCAAGCAGGUGGCUGGAACAAGAGAUGUACGUCAGAUCAAACCAGUCGCUCUCACAAAUUCUGACUCAUGUUAUUGCAGAGCCGUGA